GCAUCAAAAUGAGUUGCGGAAUGACAAUGGUUAAAUAUACUCUAUUUCUGUUCAAUCUGCUAUGUUCGAUAUGUGGCAUUUUGCUGAUUGUGUUUGGUUCUCUGCUCUUCUCCAAUAUACAUACGGUGGAGGAUUUUGCGGAAGCGGUUAAAACACAACAGGUUCCCCUGACUAUGAUUGUAUUGGGUAUUGUCAUCUUGCUGAUAUCGUUCUUCGGCUGUUGUGGUGCCAUUCGUGAAAGCUAUUGCAUGUCAAUGACAUAUUCUAUACUUUUGUUUGUAUUAAUGAUUGGUCAAUUGGUUUUGGUGACAUACAUGUGGCUGCAAAAGGACAAGUAUUUGGUCAUUAUGGGCGAUGUUGUUGAAAAAGCCUGGCAAAAUAGGACACGCAAAUCCGAUUAUAUGGAUGCUCUCCAAAUAAGCAUGGAAUGCUGUGGCCGAAGUGGUCGUGAUGACUAUCAUUUCCAAGGAUAUUAUCCACCCUCAUGCUGCAAGGAUGUACGCCAGUGUAAUGAUUCUACCGCAUUCAGGGUUGGCUGCAAACAAGCCUUCGUCGAUUUCUGGGAUAGAAAUGCUGAUAUCAUCAAAUACGCUGGUCUGGUUAUUGCCGCAAUUGAGUUUGCCGGUUUUAUAUUUGCCUGUUGCUUGGCCAAUAAUAUUCGCAACUACAAACGUCGAUCCGGCUACUAAGAAGUUAUUUAA